GCAGCAACUCCACAUCUCCUUCCGCCAGAGAUGCAGAAAAAAAGACCCUCCUCCUCCUCCUCAUAUGACGUCACUGGGUCUCGCCAAGUCAAAUGAUUGGCGAGAAAACCUCGGAGGACAAAAACAAGUAGAGCAGCCAGCGCGGCCGGAACGAGCAGGCUCUUUUCCUUCAUGCCGGUCGUUUUUCAUUUAUAUAUCGUUUCUCUUUUAAAACCCGGUGAUAAACAAAGGAGAUGAGGGGACUCCUGUCGUUAUACCGGGGCCUGUGCACUCCGAGUAACCGUCAAGCCAGACGCAAAGCUGGGAUUGUCGGUUCUCGGUGCGGGUUUUGCGGAACUCAGUCAAACAGCAAGCCACAGCCAAGAUUUGGGCUGUUGUUUGACAUUGAUGGCGUGCUGGUUCGGGGUAGGAUGCCAAUCCCUGCUGCUAAAAAGGCAUUCGAGAAGUUGGUCGACUCUCAGGGAAAAUUUGUGGUGCCAGUUGUUUUUGUCACAAAUGCAGGGAACUGCCUGCGACAAACAAAAGCGGACCAGCUCUCUCACAUCCUGGGAGUAGCUAUUUCCCAAGAUCAGGUCGUCAUGUCUCAUAGUCCCCUGAGGAUGUUUAAAAGGUUUCAUGACAAGUGUGUGCUUGUUUCGGGACAGGGACCGGUCCUGGAAAUUGCAAAAAAUGUGGGCUUUAAUAAUGUUGUCAGUGUUGAUAUGCUGAGGGAAUCAUUCCCAUUGAUGGACAUGGUGGAUCACAACAGGAGACCCAAACUGCCGUCCAAUCCUGUUGGCAACCUUCCCAUGGUUGAAGGUGAGGACAUGUACCUCUCAUUCAUUGCACCUGAUUUUCAGAAUUCAUUUACAUCAAAGGGAUCUAAUGUUUGUCUUUCAUUUCCACAUCCAGCUGUGAUUCUGUUUGGGGAGCCAAUCCGAUGGGAGACACACCUGCAGCUGAUAGUUGAUAUUUUGUUGACCAAAGGUAACCUCAGCAGUGUUCACCAAUCCCAACAGAUGCCUCACCUCCCCCUGCUGGCCUGCAACAUGGACCUCAUGUGGAUGGCCGAGGCCCAUUCUCCACGGUUUGGCCAUGGGACAUUUCUUGUGUGCCUGGAGAACAUCUAUAAGAAGAUAACAGGCAAAGACCUGAAGUAUGAGGCGCUCAUGGGAAAACCCAGUGAGUUGACUUACCACUUCGCAGAGUACCUCAUCAGAAACCAGGCCAUGGAGAGGCAAUGGAAACUCCCCAUCACUUCACUUUAUGCUAUAGGGGAUAACCUAAUGACUGACAUUUAUGGUGCCAAUCUAUACAACCGCUACCUGGAGGAGAGAGUUGCUAGGAAGAACGCUGAAGCCGUUGCUCAGAUGGUCUCUGCCACAGGAUCCACCACCGCACUGCCCCAGGUGGAGGAGGGCGACAAUCAUUGGGAGAGCGAGCUGGCGCUGCCCUCUGCCACUUCCUGUAAGUCCGUCCUGGUCUGCACAGGGGUCUACAACCCCAACGUAGAAGUACCGUCUGAUGCAAGCCACUGCAUUAAAGAGACUGUGUUCCACGGGCACCGGGACUUCAGAUUUGACCCCGCACUGGUGGAGCCAGACUGCAUCGUGCAUGAUGUGGCAGACGCUGUUGAGCGCAUCUUUGAUCUGGAGAAGUUUGUGCCUCAGUAGAGUUGAGCCAACAGAUGAUGUGUGAUGUUGAAGGUCCUAGCAGUAAACUGAGUUAGAUGACAUAACGCAUAAACCUGUAGGAGCCUAACACUGUGGACACAUCAACAGGGCAUUGACAAAAUAUGUGUCCUCUUGUAAACGGUCAACAUUGAGAACAACUUUAGAAAAUGUAAUAAUGUAAGUGUUACAAUCAACCGCUUUUAUAUUGUUUUGUCUUUAAUUACUUGUUUGGAUUAAGGAACAAUUUAAGGAACUGCCUUAUUUGACCCUAAGUAUAUUUUUAGAUGAUAGUUGCGUUGUAGAUAAUUGCAAAUCCCUUCCUGAAAUCAUCCUAUAUUUAUUACAAGAAUUUAAAAGUGUUUUUAAGAAGCAUAUUCAGAUAACGGUUUACCUUUAUUCUGAAGGUGAAUUUUUAUUAUUCAAUUUUAAGACAUUUGUUUGCCCAUUUAUCUUGGAAGAUCUAUGCAUGUAUAUGAGAUUAAUACAUACUGUACUGUAAUGUCUGAUGCGCAGUAUUGUCUGCGUUUUGUCUAGUUGUGAGACCAAUAUUUGCUCACAUCAUCUUCGUUAAAUGUUACCAUACCUUCCUGCCAUAACCUGUUUAUUAUAAUGUAAAGGUUCAUUUUCAAUAACUUUCCAGAAACAAAAGCUAUCUGGAAAUGUGUUAAGAUUAAAUUCCAUUACCAAUCAACGACUGUACCUGCUCCAUAUUUGAUCGUUCGUAGUUUUUGCACUCAUUGUAAAUACCUUAAUGUGAGAAAAUAUAUGGAAUAGUUACACGUGUUUUGCAAACUGUCUCUGUUUUUUUUAAAAUAAAAAAUGACCAACAACCUAUCAAAA